AUGGUUUUACGUCAUCGACGUCACCCAGGGACGUUCCGGCCGUCACGAUUGUGGAGAGCGGGUCACGUGCUCUAUGCAAAUGAGCCAGCUGUCCGGGAGGAAGGCUCAGCGGCUCUGCGGCUGAAGAUGGCGGACGGUGAGAGCAGCCUCGGAACGGGCCUUUCGAGCGCCUCCGAAAUGGACGAACCUGCCGCGAAAAGAUCCAAAAUGAGUCCGGGAACCGACUGCGGACUGAAAGGCGCCGACGUGGACCAAUUAUCGUGUGUUUCCGCGGGCACAGAGAGCUUGGAGGCGGCGGUGAAUUGUCCGCAGCCAGCAGAGAAGGAAGCGAAGCCGGUGAUGGCGGUAGAAGCAGAGCAGGCCCCGGCGGCGGCGCUAGGCGGAGACAACAAUGGACUGGUGCUCCCCGAGCAGCACAGACCCGCCGUGAGGCUCGACCACAGCGCGGUGCUGGGGACUACAGAGGAGGGAGCUGAUUUUCACGAGCACGCUGAUUUCCCCUCGAACGGUCUGGCUGUCACACCGGACCACAACAACGACGAAGAUGACAGAUCCUCACAUGCAAGCUCCAGCGACUGGACCCCUCAACCGCAGAUAGGUUCAUACAGCUUCAUCCAGCAACACAUCAGAGACACCGAUCCCAGGACCAUUCUGAGGGAUUUGCUUCCCGAGACUGUGCUCCCACCAGAUUUAGACGACAUGACACUGUGGCAGAUCAUCAUCAACAUCUCAGAACCUCCAAAAAGAAAGAAGCGGAAGGACAUUAACACCUUGGAAGAUGUGGUUAGGCUACUACAUGAAAGUAAAAGGAUCCUUGUGCUGACUGGUGCUGGGGUAUCUGUUUCAUGUGGAAUACCGGACUUUCGCUCCAGAGAUGGUAUUUAUGCCCGGCUCGCUGUAGAUUUCCCCGAUCUUCCAGACCCUCAAGCUAUGUUUGACAUUGAAUACUUCAGACGGGACCCAAGACCGUUUUUCAAGUUUGCUAAGGAGAUCUACCCUGGUCAGUUCCAGCCUUCACCCUGUCAUAAAUUCAUAUCUAUGCUUGACAAGCGAGGGAAGCUUCUGCGCAACUACACACAAAACAUCGACACAUUAGAACAAGUGGCUGGAGUUCAGCGGAUUAUCCAGUGUCAUGGGUCGUUCGCAACUGCAUCCUGUCUCGUCUGUAAACACACAGUGGAUUGUGAGGCUAUAAGGGAAGACAUCUUUAACCAGGUUGUCCCUCAUUGUCCAAGGUGUCCAGAUAUUCCACUGGCCAUCAUGAAACCUGACAUCGUCUUCUUUGGCGAGAAUCUUCCAGAAAUGUUCCACAGAGCCAUGAAGCAGGAUAAAGAUGAGGUCGAUCUCCUGAUUGUCAUCGGUUCUUCUCUUAAAGUCCGACCAGUUGCCCUCAUCCCAAACUCCAUUCCUCAUGAAGUGCCUCAGGUCUUGAUCAAUAGGGAACAGCUGCCUCACCUCAACUUUGAUGUGGAGCUGCUUGGGGACUGUGAUGUCAUUGUCAAUGAGCUCUGUCAUCGACUGGCUGGAGACUUUGAGCAGCUCUGCUUCAACACUGUAAGACUCACUGAGAUCACAGAGAAACCCCCUCGGCUACCCGAACAGCCACCAAGCGAGGCCUUGCCUGCUUCCAGCGACGCAGCUCAGGAGGAGCAGAGGCAGCACAGCACAGACUCAGCAAUUAAGCCUUCAGAGGAGACAGAAAGUCUGAAUGUCACAGAGACCGCUCAUAAUAAUGUUACACCUCCAGAGCCUUGUCCAAAUUCUCAGUCUCCCAGUGAGGAGAUGGCUGAGUCGUCUCCUCCCAGUGAGGAGACGGCUGAGUCGUCAGAGUUACCAGCAGAAGACACACCAAAAGAGGAGGCCGCUGAUGUGAAAAACCAAACCUCCAGCCUUGAGUAUCGAAGACGAUGCUGGAUGAGUCGAAUCAACAGAAGUCCAAUCAGCAAACGCCUUGAGACAGGCGAGUACCUGUUUCAAACACCAAAUCACUAUGUCUUCCACGGCGCCGAGGUUUACUCCGACUCUGAGGAUGAGACGUCGAGCUCGUGUGGCAGCGACAGUGACGAGUCUGAAUGCAGCGCUGACGAGGUGGAAGAAGACAGCGAGCCAGAGGAGUCCGACACACUAGCAGCGGAUGGCGAGACGUGCCUCAGAGACACAAUAGAACACACAAUAGCCAACAAGGCCAAACCGAGUGUGCAGACAGACAAUACUUCUGAAAAGACUCCAAGCACCACCCACCUUUAAAUGUAAAGUACAUAGUCAACAAACCACUAAUUGUCUAUAUAUGUUUCGUAUAUUUUUGACUUUAUCUUAUUAUUUUUCAUAAAGUUGAAAUUGUGUGACAACUUUGUGUGAUUAUGCAUCAAGUUUUUUUUUUUUUUUCUCUGCCCUGUUUGGUCCCAUGCAUUGUGUCUGAAACCUCAUACUGUAUGCUACUUACUAAAUAGAAUGCAGUAGUUGUGGUUUGUUUUGUCUUCAAGGUUUUCUUUCCAUGUGCUAAAUUUAGCUGAUGCUCUCAUCUACCGCAGCAUACCACAGAUGCAACACUAGAUCAAGCUUUAUUUCCUAAAUGGCAGUAAUUACAAGCAAAGACAUGUCAAUCUCAGUCCGUAGACGUCAACUGUAAUCAAAUGAUGUGUUGUAGAGUUGGUUAUGUUACCACUGGGAAACAUGUAAAUAUGUAAACCUACUGCCUGCUAACUAGUGGGUACUAUGAGUUUCAGACACAUACAUAAAUCAGAGGGUUUAUUUGAAGUCAUAGUCUGACUCGCAAUACAAGCAGUUCAGCUCUGCUGUUUUCACGUGGGUGAAUGCUGGGAAAAACAGUACUUUAAUUUUAGACCAAAGAACACUUAAUCCACACGCUCCUACUUCAUCAUAAGCUUUGUAUGUUUAACCUGUCAUCUUGGAAAAAAAAUCAAACUAUUGACACGGUGUUCCUUCAGAUAUGUGGCAGCUACUUUUUAUGGUCAAGCCUCUUAUUUUUAUACUCUGAUAUGAGACAUACUCAUCAAAGAGUAGAUGAUUUUAUCUGUACAAAGUUAUACUACAUUGUCAUAUUAAGCCUUAGGAAUAUAUUCAAUGUGUUCACAUUGAAAUGCGGCACUUUUUAUUUCCUCCUUACAAAACUGGCUGUGUUGCUUCUGUCAUUUUUUCAUAGGCUAUAAAGUUUAAACGGUUUCCUUCUUCGUUCGGAGGAGUCUGCUGCCUGUAAAGAUUUCCUGUUGGUAGAUGAGACAUGUUUGAGCCAAUGUGUUGGACUAAUGUCUUCACCAACAUUCACAUGCCAUUUACAAGGUUAUGCUUUUGUUUACGGUUCGAGGAAAUGAGACAUUUUUACAUCAUUAUAGUUGUUUCUUCUGGAGUUCUCAGUAAAAGCAAGGAUGAAAAACA